UGUGCGCCGGCGUGGCUUCCUGGUCUCCGGGAGUGGCGUGUUCCCUUCCCCCAAGGUAGCCGCUUUCUGGGUUAGGAGCGAGGCCGUUGACGAGGGAGCCGCGACCUCCGUCCCCUCGCCCCCUUCUCCUCCUUCUCCUCCACCGGUGGCGGCGUCGGCGCAGAGCCAUGGCCGAGCGCGGGGAGCUCGAUUUGACCGGAGCCAAACAAAACACUGGAGUGUGGCUCGUGAAGGUUCCUAAGUACUUGUCUCAGCAGUGGGCCAAAGCUUCCGGAAGAGGAGAAGUAGGAAAGCUGAGGAUUGCAAAGAAUCAAGGAAGGACUGAGGUAUCUUUUACUUUGAACGAGGAACUUGCAAACAUCCAUGAUAUUGGUGGAAAACCUGCUUCUGUCAGUGCACCUAGAGAACAUCCAUUUCUCUUGCAAAGUGUGGGAGGACAGACAUUAACAGUCUUUACAGAGAGCUCAUCAGAAGGCCAGCCUGAAGAAAAUUCUGAGAGCAGUAAUAAUGAUUAUGUGUUGCAGCCUAACGAUAUCCAUCAUGUGUUACUCAGUGGCCCUUUGGAUGACUUUAGAUCCCCAGAGUUGGAGGCUGAGAACUGGAGUCAAAUGUGUGCCGCCACCGAGAACCAGAGCCAAUCAUCAGAAUGUGCCGUCAAGCCAGAGAGUGUGCACGAGACCCAGAGCCAACUUCUGUUCUACCCUCCUUUUUAA